UCUUUCUUCUUGUGUGGUCUUUGGGGGCUACCCGCGGGCACCACGAUGGUGAUCCCUGCCAUAAAUGAUCGGAGUGUGACUUUAAUGCUUGAUUUACCACUUUCUGUGGUGAUAUUGAUAUUCUUUUCUUAUUUUUUUUUUUUUAACAAAAAACAUCUGUUUUCUAUUUGUGGCGUCAUACUCCUCGGUCCAGUUCUCAAAUACAGUCAAUGUGUUAAGUUCAAAGUUCAGAACGUCUGAAAACAGUUUUGUGAAAUAAAACUAUUUGUUUGAUUGCCGUUUAGGACAAUUUAAUUUCUAUGCAAUCGUUUUGUUCUGUACCCGCCUCGUGUCGCUGUUUCUACUGUUUGUGAACUGAAGGAGCUUUUUUCCAGCUCCCUGGUGUUGGAUGAAGAACCAACUCGUCACCAUUAGAAGAACCUCUGACUUCAACCAGCAUGUCCAGAAAACAGACCACAAAACCUGUGCGAAGCAACAAAAAAGUGGAAUUGGAGCGAAAGAGGGAUGAGCGUGCAGCACGGCGCGCCUUCGUGAAAGACCGCAAGAACCGUCCUCAGGAUGGGGACGAAGGAGCCGAGUUUGUGAGCUUCUCCAACCAGCUCCAGGCGCUGGGGCUGAAGCUGAGGGAAGUCCCAGGCGACGGGAAUUGUCUGUUCCGAGCGCUCGGGGAUCAGUUGCAGGGACACUCCCGUGAUCACCUGCAACUUCGCCAAGAAACCGUCUGCUACAUGACGAGCCAUCGACAGGACUUUGAGCCCUUCGUAGAGGACGACGUUCCCUUCGCUCAGCACUUGUCUAACCUCUCUCAGCCCGGCACAUUUGCUGGCAACGAUGCCAUUGUGGCUUUUGCUCGUAGUCAACAGGUGAAAGUGGUCAUCCAUCAGCUGAACACACCCCUGUGGGAGAUAAAUGGCUCAGAGAAGCAGGUGUGCAGAGAGCUGCACAUCGCUUACCGUUACGGAGAUCAUUACGACAGCGUGAGGCGGAUUGGAGACAACUCUGAAAGUCCUGCUCAGCUCCGCAUUGAGAUGUCCAUGGCAGCAUCUUACCAGAGAGGUGUUUGCUGUUCCCAGAGCCUUCAGCGUUCCAAUGGCUGUCAGCGUGAGUUUGGAGACGGACAGAGAGACAGACAGAAAAAGCCCUCCCCAUCCUUCUACUCUUCCUCUGAAGAGGACAACGUUAUCCUGAAUUCCAUCAAGAACCGAGGAAUUCAGGGUGACGAGGAGAACCUGCUCCAGCUGAGUGCAGCUACAAUAAAUGCUGAAUGGCUGUCUGGCUCUUUGCUGGACCAGCCCUGCCAAGGCCUGUGGGACUUGGAAUCAGCCUGCAGAGCAGCAGCCUCGGACGGCGCCGAGCAAAACCCGCCACCAGAGGGCAACAACGCGCUGAAAUCCAAGGUCUCUAACAAGCAGAGGAAAGAGCAGCAGCGACAUGAGAAGAAGAAGCGUCAGGAGGAGAGGCAUCGGCAGAAGUUCCUCCAGAGCAGAGGAGACCAGGACAAGAACCAGAACGUGCCAGACGCCGUGACUUUAGUGCCGGCUCUCAACACUCUCAGUAUUUAGACGGAAGGAUCUCCCACUGUUUCUCCAGAGGAAACCUCUGCAGUUUUGCACAUGUUCAACUCAGCAUUUCUGCCGUGGCAGAUGCUCCUCCUGCAGUAGAGGUGUGGACACGGUCAGAACCAGACGGUGACCACCGAUGUUUCUGCUGAUCAAUGCUGGUCUGGAAGACUCCUGUUCGGCUCUUCUCCCUGAAACUUUAGCGCCGGGCAUUUGAUCCACGGGGCUGGCCGGUGACGGACUGGAACUCAUGGGAAUGUGACAGUAUGGAUGGUUUAAUGAAACAUAUGUGAAUAUUUGUUUGGGGUGGGGUGGGGGGCAUGUUCAUGGACCUGUUUCCAUACAAUAUCAUUAUAAAAUAAUUUUCAGACCUGU